CACAACUUCUCGACGAUGCUUUUUAUUUUUUGGUGCAAAAUACAAACGUGGUAUCCUGUACUUAUUGCACUUGAAACCAUGUCGAAGAUUGUUCCGUUCCCAGAAAGUGUUCUUUCAAGAAAUAUCAAGAAUAAACUCCUGGAAAUAUUGAAUAAGUUUCUUGAUGACAUAUCAUAUACAAAUUCUUCGAAAAAUAGUGCCAAUAAUCAAUUCUAUCAUGAAGUUUUAAAAUGGACAUGCAUACUUGGUAGUUUAAAGUGCAAAGAACAUGUUAAUGGAAUAGUAAACUGGCAUUUUGAACAUUCUACACAAAACAAACUGUUGUCAAGUUGGCAGAAGUGGAUAUAUUGCCAAAGACUAAUGGUAGACACUUUUACUUAUGUAACAUCUACUGUGUGGGAAGAUAUAGUCAAGAUAUACCAGACACAAGGAAAACUAGAACAACUUUUUGAAUUCUUACCUUGCUCUAAACAGUACAAGAAUCUGUUGUCUUUUCUCUCGGUUCUUCAUCGUAAUUCUUUAAUAAUACGUACAAGUAGUUUAAAAGGAGACAAUGGUGAUUUUUACAAAGAAAUUGUACAUGAAAAGAAAAAUGUUACUGUUACUGUACUUUUUAAAAUUUUUGCUAUGCAUUCAAAAAAUAUGUCAGCGCUUGAUGUUAUACGAAUCGGACUAGAAAAUGGAAUAGGAAGAGACGUGAACAUAUUAGCAAUAAUAAAUUGUAUUAUUAAUAACAUAUAUUCAGACGACGGUCUGUUAAAGAUUGGUAACACAAGAUUCUUAAAGAAAUUGCUGCAUAUGCAUCACAUAGGAAAUGAAUCAUUUGUUCUCGAUGCCAUUAACGAAAAAAUUAAAAUUCGACGUAUGUUUCUGGUUGAAAUGGAAACUACGCUUUAUUGUUAUCCUCAUUAUAUUUUUAAUUUCGUAGACUAUCGUGUAUCUACAAACAAUGGGUGCAAAUAAGUUUCUUUUUUAUAAUGGAUCACUUUUUGUAUUCAAUUUUUUUAUGACAGUUUACAUUUUGAAAACA